GGGAUUUACAGAGCUUCAGCAAGACACAGAAGAGGGACGAUUCUACCAAGAGAAAACGACCGUUCACUGAAUCAGGAUGUCUAAGCUUGCACUUUUCAUUUUCUGCAUUUCAACACAGGUAAAUACAUUCAGUUAACGUUACAGAGUAGGCUAAUCCAAACUACAUCAUGUUAAGAAUUUGAAAGCAACAACUUUGAAAAAAAUCACAUUUGAACAGUUUAACCUUUUUAUUUUCAGAUUUGCUCCCAGAUAUUGGCGCAGGUGUGUCCGACAAGGUGCCUCUGUCCGCAGGAGCCUCCGAUGUGCGCCCCCGGGGUCCAGUUGAUUCUGGAUGACUGUGCAUGCUGUCUGGUCUGUGCGAGGCAGAAAGGAGAGGUGUGCUCGGAAAUAAAUCCCUGUGAUACACACAAGGGUCUGAACUGCGACUACACAGCCGAUGUACACCAGAGGACAGGUGUCUGUGUCGGUGAGUCAUUUGCCCCCUAUCCAAGAGCUAUCAAUGAUGAUGAUGAUGAUGAUGAUGUAUUUUGUCUAUUAUUUGAGAACUCCUUGUUUUUACAAUUCACAUUCAUUUGAAGACACACACACUUAAAUAUAUGAAAUUGUAGAUUUUAUCCAGAUAUGAGUAUUGGAAAUUAAACGUUUUAAAUAUUGAUUUAUGCUUUUCUUGUGUCCUCCUCUCUUCACAGCUCACGAGGGAGACAUCUGCCUGUUGGACGGUUCAGUGUACCGGAACAGGGAGACCUUCUUCCCCAGCUGCAAGUACCAGUGCACAUGCAGGGACGGCCAGAUCGCCUGCGUGCCGCGCUGCAACCUGGACGUGAUGCUGCCGGGCCCCGACUGCCCUCUGCCCAGGAAGGUGGCGGUCCCAGGGGAGUGCUGUGAGAAGUGGGUGUGUGAGCCCCAACCGGAGGCCAGUGCCCUGGGAAGCUUCGCCAUGGCUGGUAAGCACUCAGUCUCUCUGCUCUCUAGUGUACUACAUAGGGAAUAGGGUGCCAUGUGGGACGCAGACCCUCUCUCUACUUCUCUCUGCUUCUGACGUGACUGGUACUCUGGUGCAAGCCACAAAGUCAAGAGACGGAUUCUUGCAUGCUUCUGGGUUGACCUGGCUGGCUCUGUGUGAAGGGAAAUGCUGAAUGCCUCUGAGUACAGAGAGAGACAAGUUGACUUAUCCCAGGAAGCCUCUGUGUAGACCUCCGUAGCCAGCCAAAACAUUCAAUUUCCUGUGCUCUGGAAUGUGAUGUACCUUGGAUCGUUCUUAAUAUUUGACUAAUGGACUUUAGGCACCUAAAGAAAUAGAUUCCGAUAGAACUGUGAAUUUGAUUACCUGUAUACCGAUUAUACACCAAUGCAGGUGUAUCAAUCAUGCAAACCACACAGAUCCCAAUGCCUGUCUAACAUCUUAUGCACUUUUGCCCAGCAAUUCUCAUGUCCAUCAAUCAAUCUAGCAUGCAUCUGCAUUUCCCACGUCACAACAUCUGUCUCAUCCGGUGUAUCUCUCCCUGUCCCCCGUACAGCCUACAGACAGGAGGAGACAGUGGGGUUUGACUCGUGGGACCCCAGUACUAACUGCAUAGAGCAGACUACGGAGUGGGGCGCCUGCUCUCGGACCUGUGGCAUGGGCAUCUCCACCCGGGUCACCAACAAGAACACCCACUGUGAGAUGGUCAAGCAGACGCGUCUGUGCAUCGUCAGGCCCUGUAGCAAACAGCACCAGCAGCUUCAGCAGAAUUAUGUUCCUAAGGUAGGCUACCCAACCAACUCUUACUGUAUUAAUAAUACAUACCAAAUCACAGUUGUAGAAGGAAAAUACAUCAAGAAUUUAAAUGGCAGAAUAUACUAUUUUUUUUUGCCAUUCGGACUAAAUGCAUUGAAAAUCUUCUAACUAACAAAACUCACAAGAGCUCUGACAAAAUACAUGAAAGACGUAUUACGGUGUUCACCCACUGACAAUAAUUUCUUCUUCUAAAUCCUCAGAGAGGAAGCAAGUGCCUGAGGAUGAAGAAGGCGGUGAAACCCGUCCAGUUCAGCUAUAAGAACUGCACCAGCGUCCAGACCUACAAGCCCCGGUACUGUGGCGUGUGUGUGGACGGCCGCUGCUGCACCCCCCACAGCACCAGGACAGUGCAGGUGGAGUUCCGGUGCGCUCAGGGUAAAGCCGUCAAGAAACCCAUGAUGUUCAUCAACACCUGCGCCUGCCACUACCACUGUCCCAGAGACAACGCUGAGUAUCAGCCAUCAGACCUGGUCUACAGUGGCUACAGGUUAUAA